AUGGAGAAGCCACAAGACCACAUGGAGGAAAACGAAGAAACUGAAGAAAACGUGACUUUUAAAUCACUGGGUGUUGUUGAUGUUCUGUGUGAAGCAUGUGAACUUCUUAAAUGGAAAACCCCAACAAAGAUUCAACGAGAAUCCAUCCCUGUGGCUCUUCAAGGUAAAGAUGUGAUUGGGUUAGCAGAGACAGGAUCCGGAAAGACAGGAUCAUUUGCUUUACCAAUCCUUCAGUCACUUUUGGAAAAUCCACAGCGUCUCUAUGCCCUUAUCCUUACACCCACCAGGGAGCUGGCGUUUCAGAUCUCAGAACAGUUUGAGGCUCUCGGAUCAACCAUUGGAAUUAAAUGUGCUGUCAUCGUGGGUGGUAUAGAUAUGAUGACUCAAUCUCUUAUGUUGGCAAAGAAACCACAUGUGAUAAUUGCUACACCUGGGAGAUUAGUAGAUCACCUGGAAAAUACCAAAGGCUUCAAUCUUCGCUCCCUCAAAUACCUGGUGAUGGAUGAAGCUGAUAGGAUAUUAAACAUGGACUUUGAACAGGAGGUGGACAAGCUCCUGAAGGUGAUACCACGUGAAAGGAAGACUUACUUAUACUCUGCUACCAUGACAAAGAAGGUUGCAAAAUUACAGCGUGCCUCCCUUCAGGACCCUGUCAAAGUUGAAGUUUCAUCCAAAUAUCAAACUGUUGACAAACUCAUGCAGUACUAUAUAUUUAUACCAGCGAAACACAAGGAUGUGAACUUGGUGUACAUAUUGAAUGAAUUAGCUGGGAAUUCCUUUAUGGUUUUCUGUAGUACUUGUGCUAACACACAGAGAGUGGCCCUUUUGCUUCGUAACCUUGGGAUGACCGCUAUUCCUCUUCAUGGUCAGCUCAGUCAGGCUAAGAGGUUGGGCUCACUCAACAAAUUUAAAAGUAAAAGUCGCUCAAUUCUCAUAGCCACCGAUGUGGCAAGCAGAGGUCUUGACAUCCCACAUGUGGAUGUAGUGAUAAAUUUGGACAUCCCAACCCAUUCCAAGGACUACAUACACAGAGUGGGGCGUACAGCUAGGGCAGGAAGAUCUGGGAAAGCCAUCACAUUUGUAUCACAAUAUGAUGUGGAGUUGUACCAGAGGAUUGAGCAUCUGAUUGGUAAGAAGUUACCGCUGUACCCCCGCGAGGAACAGGAAGUGAUGCAGUUGAUGGAACGUGUCACUGAGGCGCAACGCUUUGCCCGAAUGGAAUUGAGUGAAACUAACGGUAAAAAAGGGAAAGGCAAGCGUUCAAAACGUCCAGAUGAUGAAGAUGACACAGAAGAAUCAACAGGCGUUCGGAAAAAAUUCAAGAAAAAGAAAGGAAAAUGAAUUUGUUGAUUAAAUUGACAUGUUAUGUUGUUAAGUUUUGUACUUUCUAUACAAGAGUCCUUCAUAUUUUCAGCAAGUACACCAAAUUUGUAUUGUCAUACAUAACUCGAAUGUUAUCAGCAGGUUUUGUGUGAUAUGUGAUAAAGUAUUGGGAAAUGUGAAUCCUACUUUUGUAUGUUAGUGGAUUGGAAAAUGAGCACAUUGGAAAAUGUGAAUCCUACUAUUGAAUGUGAUUCACAUUGAAAAUGUGAUACUGAUUACAGCAUGUGAUGGCACAUUGCAAAACGUAAAUCUCAAAUACAAAACAGUAUUUUGAUGCAUUAAUAAUCUUUGAUCUGUAAUCCGAGAUGGUGAAAUUAGAAGACUGAAGAUUGGUCAAUAAAAUCAACCACAAGAUAUCCUAGCACAUGUAUCAAAUGAAGACUAUAUGAGUUUAUUACCCACCCCUAAUAGGUCAAUGGAUAUUAGGAAAAGGGAAAUAGUGGGAUGUUGAUGUAUUACAAUGGCACAUGAUUUUGCCGGGAUAUAGAAAAAAAAAACUAUCAAAAAGUUACUGUGAGUAGUAAUUAUUCACUGUUUCUAUUUAUUUUAGAAAGCAAUAAAAGUUAAAAAGAAAAGGAUUUGUUUUUUUUUUCUUAUUCCCCCAACCCACUCCCACACAACCCACCACCCCCAACCCAGAUCCUGACCCCCAGCCUCAAAUUUUA